AUGGGGGCAGCAUGGCGCUGUCCGGCCUCUUCCCGCGCAGGCUGUGGCGGGGUCCGGCCAUGAGCCGGUGCGUCUUGGAACCCCGGUCCGCGGGGCAGCGGUGGCUGGUGGCUGGCCUGGGGAACCCGGGCCUGCCCGGCACACGGCACAGCGUGGGCAUGGCGGUGCUGGGGCAGGUGGCGCGGCGCCUGGGUGUCGCCGAGAGCUGGACGCGCGACCCGCGCUGCGCCGCUGACCUGGCCUUGGCGCCGCUCGGGGAUGCCCAGCUGGUCCUGCUCCGGCCGCGGCGGCUCAUGAACGACAACGGGCGCAGCGUGGCCCGGGCCGCCGAGCUGUUCGGGCUUACUGCUGAGGAGGUCUACCUAGUACAUGAUGAUUUGGACAAGCCUCUGGGGAAACUGGCCCUCAAGUUGGGGGGCAGUGCCAGGGGCCACAAUGGAGUCCGUUCAUGCAUUAGCUGCCUCAACUCCAGCGCAAUGCCAAGGCUGCGGGUGGGCAUUGGGCGGCCAACCCACCCAAAUGCUGUGCCGGCCUAUGUGCUGAGCAGCUUCUCCCCGUCGGAGCAGGAGCUGCUGCCCCCGCUGCUGGACCGAGCCACUGACCUGCUCUUGGAUCAUAUACGGGCGCGAAGCCAGGGCCCCUCCCCAAGCCCCUCCUGACGCCCACUUGGCUCUGUGAACCCAGCUGUGGCCACAGAGCUGUCAGGCCCAUGGUGCUGUCCACGUUUUAUGCAACUUUUUCUCAGGGUUGCUAUGGGCCAGGCCACCCACAGGAAAAGGACCUGGCCAGUCCUGGGUCAGGGUGGGAAGAUCAUCUCCUCGCUUCUUACUUGGGAUGCAGGCAGUAUUCAGGGAGACUAAACCUCUUGAGCCGUCCUGGGAUCCUGGAAGCGUGGAUCUGUAAGAUGAAGGAGUGGGCACGUGGCCUCAUGGUCAAGGGGCUGCUUGUGGGCGUGCCCAGGCCUGGGUCCUCAUUCUGCCUAUGGGCGCAGCUUCCUGCUCAGGUGUAUCCUGGGUGGCAGCGGGUGAUGGCUCAAGGAUUUUAGUCUGUGACUUCCCCGUGGGAGACCCAGGUAGGGCUCCCGGUGCCCAGCUUUGGCCUGGCCCCACCGUGGCUGUUGUGAAUGGAGAAUGAGCCAGCAGGUGGGGAGAGUUCUGCCUUAUCUUUCCUCUUCCACCUUUCAAAUAAAUAAGUAUA